AUGGCGGCGACCGGGCGCCCGUGCCCUUGCGUGUCAUUGACAGACAAAGAACACUACACGGAGAACUUCGUCCAGGCGAUAUUGCAGGCCCUAGGUGAUCAGCUGAUCGGCUGCACUCUCGUCGUCGGCGGUGAUGGACGGUUUUACGGCAAGGAAGCAGUGGCGAAGAUCAUCCGACUCGCCGCGGCAAACGGGGUAGGAAAAUUGAUUGUUGGUCAAAAUGGCAUUCUUUCAACGCCAGCAGUAUCAACUAUAAUAAGAAAGUAUAAGACACAAGGCGGAAUUGUCCUAACCGCGUCGCACAAUCCUGGUGGUCCUGAUGCCGAUUUUGGUAUUAAAUUUAAUUGCGAUAACGGUGGUCCUGCUCCAGACAACAUAACGAAUAAAAUCUACGAGAUUACUAAAACACUCCAAUGUUAUAAAAUUAUUCCUGAUAUUAGCAUAGAUAUUGAUAAAAUACAGAACAUUUCUAUCGAGGUGGAUGGUAGACCAUUCACUAUCGAUAUAAUUGAUUCUGUGAACGAUUAUGUGGAACUUAUGAAAGAAAUUUUUGACUUUGCAAGUAUUAAGAAAUUAUUGCAAGGCAGUGUGGAUAAGCCAGCAUUUAAAGUUCUCAUCAAUUCAAUGAAUGGAGUUACGGGACCGUACGUAAAAAGAAUAUUUAGUAGUGAAUUAGGCGUUGAUGAUACAAGUUUAGUAAAUAUAAAGCCGUUAGAAGAUUUCGGUGGUUUACAUCCCGAUCCAAAUUUAACUUAUGCCAAAGAUUUAGUGAAUGCUAUAAAAGAAGGACCGUAUGACUUUGGUGCCGCUUUCGAUGGAGAUGGAGAUAGAAAUAUGAUUUUGGGCAAGAAAGCUUUUUUUGUUACUCCUUCUGAUUCCUUAGCAGUAUUAGCUGCUAAUCUAAAAUUAAUUCCAUAUUUCCAAAAGACUGGAAUUAAAGGAUAUGCUAGAUCUAUGCCAACGGCUGCAGCCGUCGAUAGAGUCGCCACUAAGAACGGAAUGAAAUUCUUUGAAGUUCCCACUGGAUGGAAAUAUUUCGGAAAUUUGAUGGAUGCCGGGGAUCUGUCGUUAUGUGGAGAAGAAAGCUUUGGUACCGGUUCCAAUCAUAUUCGCGAGAAAGAUGGAAUAUGGGCAUGUCUGGCAUGGCUCAAUGUCAUCGCAGGACUUGGGAAAUCUGUAGAGAAUAUUUUAUUGGAUCACUGGAAAGUUUAUGGAAGAAACUUUUUCACUAGAUAUGAUUAUGAAAAUUGCGACUCUGCGAGUGCGGAUAAAAUGAUGCAGAGCAUUGAAACGGUGAUUCAGAAACCAGAAUUUAUUGGCAGAAAGCUGCAGCACGAAGGUAAAGAAUACGUUGUUAAGCAAGCAGAUAAUUAUUCCUACACGGAUCCUGUUGAUGGUAGCAAAGCUACGAAACAGGGUUCACGGAUAUUAUUCGAGGAUGGUUCUCGCAUUAUAUUCCGCUUAUCCGGAACGGGAAGUUCAGGCGCUACUAUCCGUAUGUAUAUCGAUAGUUAUGAGAAUGAUCCAGCUAUUUUCGAGAAAGACGCACAAUUGGUGUUAAAACCUUUAAUUAAUAUCGCAUUAGAAUUAAGCAAACUUCGUCAAUACACUUGCCGUGAUGCACCGACUGUGAUUACAUAAAACAUUUUGUUUUCGUUUUUUUCAUCACGCGACAUUGUUUCUCAUAUAAAAGCUGUUUAGAGGAAUUUAUAAAAUGGGAAGGUAAGAUUUCACAUCGGUAUAAAUUCAUUUGGGUUGUAGAGAUUUGAUCGAUUUCAUUAUCGUCUGAAUCGCGAAGCAAUAGCAGAAAAUAAUCGUUGCUGGCAUCAAUGAACGAAUUUUCCAUUUUUAUAAAUUGUUACCGGGAGUUUACGAUUCCAUCCACAUAAUAUAUAUUGUGCGUAUUGGACAAAUUAUUCAAUAUGCAUAUCUGUGAGUAGCAACUGAAACGUUUCAAAAUUAUAUAAUAUUAGAUAUUUGCUAUAGAUGUUGUUGUGCUUGAAACUUUAUAUUUCAAGUCAAUCGUGAGAGGAUGCAACUUAAACUUAUUUAGAUCUUACUUAAAUAUUUAUGUGCGCAAGAGGAACAUUGAUAUCGUCCCUUAAGCAUCAAGAGGUGACUCUGUAAUCAUCUUGAAUUCUUUGGUAGGAAUUUGAGUAACAUAACUUAUACGUAUUGCUCAUAUAUUCACAUGAGUUAAUAAACAUUAAUUGCCCUUUUAUUGUAAUUAUAAACUAGAUAUCUGUCUGGUAUAUGUAGAUAUUCUACAUGUGCUAGAAAACUUCUUUGGAAAUAUUUCCUGACAUAAUAUUAUGUUACAAAAUGAAAUUGUUGAUAUGCAAUAAUACUUAUCUAUUUGUUAUGCUACAACAUAUUGAUUAAAAAAAAAUGCAAUUUGCUGUGCCCGAUCUGUACAUAAAAAAUGCAUUCUUCGAAAAAAACUGAGCGCGAAAAACAUUCUGUAUCUAUUAAAAAUCAUGUGAUUGUACGUAGUCCGGCCGUAAUGUGUGCACAUCUUUUACUUUUUAUUAAUAAUUGAUAUUAAAGCCACGAAAAACUUCCAAUAUAUUAUAUUCCGCAGCCAUAAUUAUAUAUCACAAUAAUGAAUAUCAUCACGUGCAUUCCGGUAUGUAAAAAUAUAAUUUGUAAAAAUCACGAUUGAAUGAACAAAAUGGAUAUAUUGUCAAUCUUCCAAAGUUUAUGUCUAUCCACGAUUCACAUCUGAUAUUCUUGCUAUAGUAUAAUUUUCAUUUGUUUUUUCAUCCAUAAUUUUACAGUGAAAAUACUAUCUAAUGUUUAAUUUGUGAUGCUCUAGAUAAGCCGUUAAUUUAAUAUGCAAUACCAUUAAAUUUUUAACACGAUCGGAUUAAUGUAUAAUAUGUGAAAGUAUUUUUUCUUUACUUUUUUCUAGUUUCAUUAAUUGUACAGUGUAUAAAGGAUGUAGAGACUGAAGUUUCACAUCAGAUAGCAUAAUAUUGGAGGAUUAACAAAAGCGUAAAUUCAAUAUUGUCUUUAAGGACCAGUCUUUCCACAUUUAUUAACACUGAUCUUAUCACUCUGACUAUAUUAUAGCUAGUGUUACGAUCUAGGCAGAGACAUAUGAGAGAUUUAUUUUUCAAACGAAUGUCUUUUCCAAAGACGGAAUGAUUGGUCCUGCAAGUUGAAAAUAUAGAAUAAUAAAUAAUAAUAAGCAACUUUAAUUUUAUUAUAUGCUUUCUAUGAGAUAAAAAUUUCGAGUUAAAUUAAGUGAUCUUUUAUAAACAAAGAAAAGAAUAUUUCACUGCAAUCAAUAAUGAAUAAUAACACUAUUUUAAAAUUCUGAUAUAGUACAGAAUCUUUUCGGUAUCAAAUAUGUGAAAGUUAUAUUUGUGCCUAAAGCUGUAGAUUUAUUUAUAUGGAUAAAUUUUUAUAUUUAAAUUGGAGCAGGGAAAAGUGUAAGAGAAUUUUUUUACACUCUUCUUGUACAGUAGCAUAUGUAAAACAGCCUAUGUAAAAAUUAUACACUAUUUAUUGCAAUACAGAGCAUAAUAUGGAGAGCAUAUUAAAACUAAAGCAUCAAAGUUUUUGUAGAUAGUAGUGUACAACUGUAAAAAUUUUUCUUUUUUAUCAAGGCAGUCAUCCAUUUAUCUGUUUUAAAAUUAUCACAUUAAUAUUUUUACAUAACAAGUUGGUCAUUUUAUUGUGAUUCACAAUUUAUCUUUACUGCUAUAGACUAUGCAUAUGGUUUCUUUCCAAAUUCUUUUCUAUUUAUUCUCUCGUUACAUUCACUUUGCCAUAAUCGCAUCGUGCAAUCUUUCUAUAAAAGUACAUACUUUGUUACUUUAGCUUCUUUUGAAAUUAUAUACAGCUUGAUUCUAACAUUCGAAUGUCGAAAGAAGCAUGGAUACUUAAAUUGGUGAAUUCUCCAAAACCUGAGAAAUAGCCAGAAGAAUCUUUGUCACAAUUUCUCAGAAUUUGGAUGACCCAAAUAUAGCAAUGUAGAUUGCAAAUUCGUAUUUAGCGCGAUACUCAGCGUCUUGUAUAAUCUCCAAAUGUAAGUAAAGUAUCUCUCUAUAUGAAAUGUAAAACAAUUAUCACGGAAAUUGUUUGCAUAUUAUUAAAUUUAUGUUUGUUUCUCAGAACCGUAUAUGCGGACAACACAAUUCACUGAGUAUCUCGUUAAGAUUAAUCGAUAGAAUAGAAUACGUUUACGAACUUGUGUAUAAAGAACAGUAAGAUGACCAGAGAAAAGUAUAAAUUUCUUCUGAGAAGGGAGGGAAAUCGCGCGAAUAGCCAGAGAAAAAGUUUGUGCGAAAUUUUAAAUGUAAUAACAAUAUAUCCACGUAAGAAGAAAUGAACAAUAGAUAGUAAUACGAAACACGUUCGAUAGAUACAAGAGAUACACAUUAUUAUUGUAUCCCUCGCGAGUUUAGUGAAUGUCUCGGUUUAUCUUACAUAAUUAUUAACAGUCGCGCAAAUGUAUUAUAUUACUAGUUUCUUUCCAUAUUUCUUUUCACUUCGUCUUUGCUUCUUUCUUUUGUACGAUAUUUCACUACGGGCUAUCUGAAAUAUCACGUAGACGUCAUGUUUAUUGCGGAUCACUUCUAACGAAAACGCGUGAUCAUGAUUCAUGUUUCAUUUUGAAUGAAUUGUUAAACAUUUCACGAGGUGUGUGUGCGGCGAAUAUAUGCUGCGAAAAAUUAUAUAUAUAAAAUCGGAGAAAAAAAGAGAGAAAAGGAAACAAUAAUGUAAAUGAUUUUUUCGUUCUUUCUAAUAAAUGCAGCGUGUUACGGAGAGAUUUCGCAAGGCAUUUAUGUAAAUAGUUGAUGAUGGUGGAGGAGGAAAAGGAGAAGGAGAUACUUAGGGACCUGAGCCGACACACGCCCCCGUUUGAUCUGUUACGUCCUAGAGAAGUGGAUUACUCUGUGAACUCUGUAGAACGUAAUGAAGAUUAUUUAACGCGGCGGCGAUGUCACAGAGACCAGCACAGAGACUGCCGAUUAUUAUAAAGAUAUUAACAUGUAACAUUUGUAUCAUAAUAUCAUAAUAAAUACUAAUUAUAUCAUUAUAAGUAUAUGAAUGAGUGGCUGCUCGGAAUGCACGUGGUAUGAUUCAUUAUGCUGUAUCAUCAUUUUUUCUGUGUCACUGCGCUGCAUUUUUUAAUUUUUUAUGACGAUAGUUUUUAAUUAUGUAAAUUCGAAAUCCUGUCUCUUAUCAAUUCAUCGAAUCUUUUUGUCAGCGAGUUUUGUAUAAAAAAAUAUAUUACUUUACUUAUUGCGUCGUAUCUAGUGUCAAACGCGUGGCUUUAUCUUGAUUAUCAUUUCCCGUAUUUGCCUUGAACUGCUAUAUCUAUGUUGCAAGUAAGAAAGUCAAGGACGUUGCGUUUGUGCUGAAAUAAGAUUCUUUGCAAUUAUAAUUAUGUGAACAUGCGUUCUUUGUGUGCAUAUUAAAUGAUUACGUACAAUCUGAAAAGUGGCGACGACUCUAAUCCGACUUUUAAUAAUAAAUUUUAUCUCAUUACAAUGAAUCUGCGUGGUUAUUAUUCUAUGUAGAAAUCCCGGAGUGAAAUGUAGAAAUAUCUGUAUAACAAAUGUUCAAAAAUUAAAAAAAAAAAAAAAAA